AGGAAAAUUAUUCUAUAGGUUUUUUUUUUACAAGACAUUCAUAGUAUUAAUAGAAGGGUAUUAUUUUUGAAUUGGAAACGAAAAUGGAAGUUAGCUAGAGUUAGAUAUUGUCGCCUCCAACUUCGAUUCGUCGACAUCACUACAAAACAUUGACUAUCAUCGAGAGUAUCUCGGGUUUCCUGUAAUAAAAGUUGUUUAGAUCAAGAUGUAUGAUAAACUUUUAUCAUGAGAACAAUUAAACCCACACUUUCAGCAUCGCCUUAACACGCUCUGACUGAAUAGAUUGGUGGCCGAUAAUGCCAUGUGAGUCUUACGCUUAUCACCUUAUCCAACUUAAAAUGAGUUUUUGAUGAGAUUCGAUAAAAGCGUUGUGUACCCAGAUAAUUGAAAUAUUAAACUCACUUUAGAAAAAUUCUAGAUUCGAGAAAUUAGUAACCGCUGAUAAUGCCUCACUUUUAGGAUGACAUUUUUGGGAACUAGCCUUGAAAAUGAUCACUCUUAGUUAAAUAAAAAAAUGAUCACUCUUCGUUGUAGUCUUGUGAAAGGAAUCCUUAUCCGAGAAGGAUUAUUCUUCUUAACUGGAUUGAUCCCCUGGUCCAAGCCCAAGAGUCAAAACGUGCAUGCUUGCUUCCUUAUUUACCUUGGUCCUAUUAAAAAAAAAUACUACUACAAUGUCGCGGAUGUUCAUCAAUAUUAUUCUAAUUGACUGAGUUAAUUCUCCAAAUGCCUUGUUGAUGCUCAUAAGCCUUCGAUUAUACAAAUAAUCUCACAUAAGUUGAUUUGAAAAGCAAAAACAUCAUUUGGAGCAACAAAAUAAUAAUCGAAAUACAACAAUAACGAGAUGAAAUACCGUAUUACGUAAUACUAGUUAAACUGUUAAAGAAAAGAUCAAUAUCAAUUAUAAAAUAAAAAAAAAAAAGAAGCUCAAUAUCAAACUAUUCUCUCUAUCGGUCGUUUCCCAGCGUAAUGGGCUUACUCACGGUUAUUCAUCAAGCCUUCUUAUCAUAUGGGCUGGGCUAACACUCCAGAUGUUCAACUGGCCCGUUCACAAGUAAACCUGAAUCUGAACCGUGAGAUAUAUCCAACGGUAAAAAUUGCAUGAAAUUCUUGUUACUUGGCGUAUACUCUGGAACACUGGAUAAUUGUUGCUACCAUAUAAAACCGAUUUCUGUUAUUUGAAGUAUUCUUCUGCCAUGCGAGCAGAGAGAGUGAAGAACUGCAGAUUGAAGAAACCUUCUCUCUAGGGCUUUCGAGGGAGAAACCUUUCGAUUGCGCAUCCAUCUCAGGUAUUCAUUCCGUCGAGAGAGCAGAUCGAAUCUGAAUCUAAUGGCGCCUCCUGGACCUUACUCCGGCGGUAGCUCUCUUGCCCUGGUUGCUCGCGUAUCUGCGUUCUCUGUGGGUCUCGUCUAUGGCAGCUUGAAGCUCAAGUAUCUCAAGGUAUAUUUCCGCUGUUUUUGUUGCUCCUCUCAAUUGGAGCUCCUUGAGUUGGAUAUCCGAGCCAUAUUGCUGUUUUGCUUUCGGCAUUCUAAGGAUUAUUAGCUAGGCUAGCGGGAUGAGAAUACUGGGUUCAUAUUGGAAUGUGGUUUCCACACUCUUGGUUCACACAGCCUGCAUUGUUACAUUCGUAGCUUGAAUCUUGCAGCCAUUCCUUAAUUUUGUUUAGGCAAUAUCUCCCUGGUCUGGCAGAGAAUAAUCUCAAAUGGACUUGAUCAGUCUGUUCUCUCAUAUCCUCUGUUCACUGGUUAUAUGAAGUUUGAAUCUUGUCAUCACGUUCAUUACGUUUUAGUCCAUAAGAGUACCAAAUCUAGAGGGUUAGGGAUUUAAUUGGUACUUGGUAGUGCUAUAUACUGAUCAGCUGCUGUUAAAUGAUAGAUGAAGUCCCUGUUUAAAUUCUGUAUUUGAGGUUCUAGUUGGAGUUUGAGGAUUAAAGACGGGAGUGUUUUGUUUCAUUCUAGUCAUUUGGUUGAACAACUGGAGUUGCCAGUGUGAGGGUGGAACACUGUUGAUUCAGUGAUAUUGUGGCUUCUUCUCCUCUUUGCUUCUUAAUGCAUUUCGUGUGUGUCUGAUGGAUCCAAUGCCUGAUUUCUGCGCACAGUGUUCUAAUCGAUGGAUUCUUUUGAUCUUCUACAUUCGAAUUGACAGGCACAGGCCAAAUCGCAGAAGAAAGCUGAAGCAAAGGCUGCUGCUAAGAAACACUGAAUAGAGAGAUACGAAAAGGAAGAUGUAGCUCUUUCUCCUGUUGUUUUUGCGUUUAGGACUCGAGUUGGCAGUAGGAAAUAAUCCAUGUUGACAAUGCUGUUUAUCCUUCUUUCAAUCCGGUAUUAAAUUGCCCUUUUCCCAGAACAUGGCAAUCUGUAGGCAGCCAUCAAUGGGGUUGUCUACACCAUAUUUUUCAAUAGUUCACUGAGUAUUGAAAGUUUGGAUUUUCACUUCAUUGCUGCUAUUGCCUAAUGGUUCGGAUCAUCUCUUUGUCUGCUGACUUCUUGAACCAACUGCCAAAGCAUGCAGGAAGUUUGCCUUCGACAUUGCGCAUUAUGAACAUUCUUGCAGAUGAGAACUGGAACCUCUAUUUCACUUAUGGCAAUGCUAAGUGGGUUGCUGUUAGGGAUUUACGUUUAUGGCCUGUGAAAACAAAUAGAAGAGGCAAAUUGGUUCAACGUAAUCUCAUCUCAAUCUAUUUUGAAUCAAAUCGUUUGAUCUAAACAUCGAUUUGAUCUGCUUCAUUUCGAUUAAAGUAACUGCUAUCAACACUUUCUCAUAAAUAAACCUUCCAUUCGCAG